AUGAAGUCUGUUGCAGCUUUUCAUGAUGGAGCUUGGGACUCGUUUAACAUAAUGUUCUCCAAUGAAGAUCAUCUGGAUUUCGCACACCAGGUUCUUAAUCAGUUUUCGUUUCCGCUGGAGCAUGACGAGCGGUUGAGCUUCAUAAAUCCGUCGACUUUUGUUCCUAAUCUUGAAGCCGAUAUGAGCAUUGCUGGGGUCAGUCGGAGUUUAUUUAGUUCUUCCAAUGCUCUCGACUCUCAUUUUCACUACAAAACUCAGGAAAGUAAUCAAAGUAGCAAUUCUAGCAGUAAUACCUUUGUUCCCCUUCCAAAUUAUGAAACCUCUUUCCUUGGUGGUUCUAGUCAUAUGGCUGUAACAAAUGAUAUCACCAUGUCCUUGGAUAUUCCAAUGGACAUUGGCGGGGGGAGUGAUAAAAUUACUGACUCGUUUCCCCCAGCAUUCCCCAACAUAGCAAUGGACGACACGGUUAACGUCAUCGAAGACUCGAGCACCGACUGCUUACCAAAAUUAGAUGGCGGCUAUCCAGCUGAUAGUGCUGUGCUUGCCGACGAAAUUCUGCUCAAGAGGCAGUUUGAUGUGCUGGAACUGCAUGAUGAAGGGGAUAAAAUCAGUACCUAUUCAUCUGAGACCACAAAGAAAAGACCUCGGGUUUCAAAAGAUGUAAGAGAAUAA